GAAAACGUUUUCUUGCUUUUCAACAGCCCUUCUCGCAGGAAGUGUGAAUGCCCUAACAUCUAGCACGGUUGCAUUGCCGUAAAAUUCCACUGCAGACGUCGGAUUGAACAUACAUUGGGUUUCACUGGUUCGCUGCACGGAUAGCGCUGCUGUAAUCAGUCUGGUAUUUUAUAGGCUUCCUUUACUGGGCCUUAGUUUUAAUUGUCUAUCUGGACUCUUGAAGAGGACGUUGUUCCAACAGACUCUCGGCUAGAGUUAGACGAUAACAGAUAACACGAUUCUUGGUGAAUAGGGCUUUAAACGUUUUUACUAAUAGAUCAGGUCAAAUCUAGGUGAGAUUAGCCUACAUCACAUUUAUUUCUCACCACUAAAGUUUUGAUAUUGAAAAGGACGUCUGAUCGCUCUGGUCGAGCUGUUUUUGUUUUAUCUGAACGCUGUAACAAAGAAAGUAACUGUAGUGGAGGCUAGCUACAGAUUUACUGUCAUGUUUUUAUUUGAAGAAAGAAUAGCUUCCACGAUGGAUCGGGACAGAGCUAGUCCGUCCCCCUCCACCCUGCCGGAGUCCCUGGGUCACAACUCUCCUGGUAGCUCCUUACUGCUGGGUCUGAAGAGGGUUUCUGUGAGGCUGGUCGACUGCAGGAAAACAGCAGGGCAGAGUGGAACUGUGAGAGAAGGACAUGAGGAGGGUGAUUUGAUUUCAUCAAGUGACACCCCUAACCGUCGUUCUCUCAGUGGGAGGAGCUUAUCAUCUGGGGAGCCUCAACAACAUGUUACUGACGUGACAGAGAAGAGUCUCUCCAGAUCAGAACACCUCAAGAAACACCAGCAGAGAUGUAGAGGGAAGAAACCUCACCACUACUGCUUUGACUGUGGAAAGAGUUUCACUAGCAGGAGUGGCUUCAUUAUGCACCAGCGGAUUCACACCCGAGAGAAACCGUACUGCUGCUCUCAGUGUGGGAAGAGUUUCACCUGUGCAGGAGGUCUUAAAGUACACCAAAGAAUCCAUACUGGAGAGAAGCCUUACAGCUGCCCAGAAUGUGGGAAGUGUUUUACUGCUUCUAACGCCUUCAAAUAUCAUCUGCGAAUUCAUACAGGGGAGCGGCCUUACCCCUGCCUUGAUUGUGGAAAGAGCUUCAACCAGUCAUGCAACCUGACGACACACAAGCUAACACACACUGGAGUGAAGCCUUAUAGCUGUGAUCAGUGUGGGAAGAGCUUCAAUCAGGCAGUCCACCUGACGACACACAAGCUAACACACACUGGAGUGAAGCCUUACAGCUGUGAUCAGUGUGGAAAGCGCUUUGCUGUAGCUUCCACCCUGAAUAGACACCAGGGGACUCUCCUAACCGUCGCGCUCUCAGUGGGAGGGGCUUAUCACCUGGUGCGCUUCAACCACAUCAUGUUGCUGACGAGACAGAAAAGAGUCUCUCCAGAUCAGAACACCUCAAGAAACACCAGCAGAGACGUACAGGGAAGAAACCUCACCACUGCUGCUCUGACUGUGGGAAGAGUUAUGCUGUAGUUUCCAUCCUGAAUAGACACCAUUGAACACACACUGGAGAGACACCUUGGAUAUAUGUGGGAAGAGCUUUGUUAAUUUAGGACCAAUGAGACAACACCAAAAAGCACAAACAUGGCUUAUUUCAUCUCCCAUCUAUCCAACACCAGGGGCAUGUUGCACAAAAGUAGAAUUAAGACAUCCGGGAUAAAUGACUCAGCUGAGCUCAAUGAAGCCAAAACAUGUGCGUCCAGGCUUAAUUGGUUGCACAAAGACCAAGCCAGGAUGAGCAGACACGGAUUCAUUAAGCCAGGUGAAACCAAUCCUGGAUAGGUGCGCGCUCACGGCUCACUCAAAUAGACCCCGCCACAGAUCACAGAUUAACUGAUUUACCAUGGCAACUAGAGCCGCGUAUUUUUCCCCGUCGGAAGCACAAAUCCUCAUGGAGGCAUACGAGGAGGUAAAAGAUAUAAUUAAGAAGAAAGGCAACAACGCCACAGUGAUAAAGCAAAGAGAAAAAGCGUGGCAAAGUAUUGCAGACCGCCUGAAUGC